CUGCUCUGCUUGAGGGGGUGUUUUUCACUUUAAGAGGAAGCUUUUCUUCUCUCUGUCUCACAUCAGUCUCACAUCAGGACCCAGCCUGUCAGCUACACAUAUCAUAGAUCUUAUCUUCUGCUCUGAGGUACAGUAUGUCUCGUCUGGAGAAGGCCAUUGUAUCCAUGGUGGAGGUGUUUGAGGAGUAUGCUACAAAGGAUGAUAAGAAUCGCCAGCUUAGCGGUACAGAGCUCGCAGAGCUGAUGAAAAAAGAGCUGGCCAGCCCAGAGUUCCACGGAAAGGUGGAACCAGCAGUGCUCCAGGAGGCGAUGACCAACCUGGAUAAGAACCAUGAUGGGGAGAUCAACUUCAGAGAGUUUUCCAUGUUCUUGGCUACUCUGGCCAGGGGCUAUUACAGAGCCAGAAACAAGGGCAAGGGCAACAAGGGCAAGCCUGACAAGCCUGAAUGAGGGGCGAAAAAUUACCUGUUGACAGGUGUGGCCAGUAUCGAGUCACAGACACACACUGCUUUUCUAUGAUAGAAGAGAGAAAAUGAUACACUUACUGUAACUUGUAUGGUGCUUUUAAGAUGUCUUCUCAACAUUUCCCCAGUUUUUUUAAAUUAAAUUUGACUUGCUUACUA